CUCCCUCUCUCCCUCUAACGCACACCUCCACAUGCGUGGCUGCAAGAAUCAGAUUGUAGUCUUGUAUACAAUCUGUGUUCUGAUUUUCCAUGUCGGAAUUGUUCCGUUCAUUUCCACCCCCACUAUAGGAGAGUAGGAAGCCAGCCAAACAGAGUAUGUAACUCAGACAAAGAGUGUUGACAACUGAAUCCCAGCAUAUACAUUCAGCAUCACGUUGUUAAUGAAGUAGCUUAUGCACAUAAACACACACACUCUUUGUCCGGCAACGGCAAAAGGCCAUGACCCAACCGAACCUUACCUACACCCCACUUGUCUUGGCAACACACAAGAACUGUGUCACCAUUACCAGCAUGUCAUCCUCGUCUUGGUCUCGUCACUCCUCGGCGAAGCCCCUGCUGGUCUCUACAAAUGCAAGCAGAGCCGCAGCCUUCCCGCUCACCACCACUAACACCGUCCUGCUGGAAGCCUCCAACAACAACCAGCAGCAGCAGAUCAUCAGCAUGGGUGACGCGGCCAUCGCCGUGAUGGAUCCAGAAGAGGACUCGGAAGUAGAGGAGCACAUCUUCCGGAGCCGGUUCCCGCCGGUGUCCGUUCCGGACGGCGUCACGGUUCCCGACUUCGUGAUGUCCGGCGCCGAGGCGUACGCCGACAAAGUGGCCCUGGUUGAAGCCGCCCCCGGCGGGCGCUCCUACACCUACGGCGAGAUGUCCCGCGACAUCGCGCGCUUCGCCAGGGCGCUGCGGUCUGUGGGCAUCCGCAAGGGCCACGUCAUCGUGGUCGUGCUGCCGAACCUGGCCGUGUACCCCGUGGUGUCCCUGGGCGUGAUGGCCGCCGGGGCCGUGUUCUCCGGCGUGAACCCGCGCGCUCUGGCCGCCGAGAUCCGGAAGCAGGUGGAGGACUCGGAGGCCAAGCUGGUGGUCGCCAACGAGGUGGCCUACGACAAAGUCAAAGACGUGGGCGUGCCAGUCAUCGGCAUUACGAGCAACAACAACAUGCCCGGCGCGAUCAGCUGGGACGAGCUCCUGGCCGCGGCGGACCGCACGGGCGCGCCGGUGGUACCGCUGGACCCGGUUCUGCAGUCCGACCUGUGCGCGCUGCCUUACUCCUCCGGCACCACGGGUGUCUCCAAGGGCGUGAUGCUGAGCCACGGCAACCUGGUCUCCAACCUCUGCUCCUCCAUGUUCGCCGUCGGGCCCGAGCUGCGUGGCCAGGUGGUAACCCUGGGCCUCAUGCCAUUCUUCCACAUCUACGGCAUCACCGGCAUCUGCUGCGCCACGCUGCGGCACAAGGGCACCGUGGUCGUCAUGGACCGCUUCGACCUGCGCACUUUCCUCGGCGCUCUGGUCACGCAUCGGGUCAUGUUCGCGCCCGUGGUUCCCCCCGUAAUGCUGGCCAUGGUCAAGAACCCCAUCGCCGAAGAGUUCGAUCUCUCAGGGCUGGCUCUCAAGUCAGUCAUGACAGCCGCGGCUCCGCUAGCGCCGGAUCUCCUGGAGGCGUUCCAGAAGAAGUUCCCUGGGGUUCAGGUGGAAGAAGCCUACGGGCUCACGGAGCACAGCUGCGUCACGCUCACGCACGCCGGGGAUGACCCGGAGAAGGGCCACAUCGCCAAGAAGAACUCGGUCGGGUUCAUCCUGCCCAACCUGGAGGUGAAGUUCGUGGAUCCUGACACUGGCCGCUCGUUGCCCAAGAACACGCCGGGGGAGCUCUGCGUCCGGAGCCAGUGCGUCAUGCAGGGGUACUACAAGAAGAAGGCGGAGACGGAGCGCACCAUCGACUCCAAAGGCUGGCUGCACACCGGAGACGUCGGCUACAUCGACGACGACGGCGAUGUCUUCAUCGUCGACAGGAUCAAGGAACUCAUCAAGUACAAGGGCUUCCAGGUCGCUCCGGCGGAGCUCGAGGCCAUUCUCCUGUCCCAUCCUUCCGUCGAAGAUGCAGCCGUCUUCGGACUGCCGGACGAGGAGGCAGGAGAGGUCCCGGUGUCUUGCGUGGUGCGGCGGAGCGGCGCGGCGGAGAGCGAGGCGGACAUCAUGGGGUACGUGGCGUCGCGCGUGGCGUCGUACAAGAGGCUCCGGAUGCUGCACCUUGUCGACGCCAUUCCCAAAUCGGUCUCCGGCAAGAUCCUGCGGAGGCAACUCAGGGACGAGUUCAUCAAGAUGAUCAAACUGGCGGCUUAAUAAUUAAUGAUUGUGAUUGGAAUCGCCACUGCUUACAUCCUAGCCUGCAUUUAGAAGAACAAGAAGGCAUGAUGUUACUUUCAAUUUUUCAUAUGAACAUGGUUGGAAAACGUAUAGUAUUUCAUUGUUGCAAACUUUUCGAGCAUCAACGAAACGAAUUUAUUU